ACAGUCGGUAGCCAUUAUACUUAGGAGCUAAACACAAGUAACUUGGUUAUAAAGCAGAGGUCCCUGGGAUAUCGCCUUCGGAGACUUUCCGGUCACCGUUGGCGGACUGACCAGAGUCGUGGUGGCAAUUUAAAGGCUGUUCCUGCUCACAAAGCGGCGUGUCGAGGAAGGACGCGUCUCUUUGAAUACACAGGAUGAACGGACCGCCCUCCGGCGACAGCGCAUGCCCAUUGCGCACGGUCAAGAGAGUUCAGUUCGGCAUCAUCAGCCCAGAAGAGCUUAAACGGAUGUCCGUUACGGAAGGGGGAAUCAAGUACGCCGAAACAACAGAGGGAGGACGUCCUAAACUUGGUGGUCUUAUGGACCCAAGACAAGGGGUCAUAGAACGAACGGGAAGAUGUCAGACAUGUGCAGGCAACAUGACGGAAUGCCCCGGCCACUUCGGGCACAUAGAACUGGCGAAGCCAGUUUUCCACGUCGGCUUCUUAACAAAGAUAAUGAAGAUUCUUCGAUGCGUUUGUUUCUUUUGCUCGAAGCUGUUAGUGGAUUCGACCAAUCCAAAGAUCAAAGACAUCCUGAUAAAAUCGAAAGGGCAGCCGAGGAAACGUUUGACACAUGUGUACGAGCUGUGCAAAGGAAAAAAUAUUUGCGAAGGAGGAGAGGAAAUGGACAACAAAUUUGGAAUGGAACAGCAGGAGACUGAAGAGGACAUCACCAAGGAGAAGGGCCACGGUGGAUGUGGGCGCUACCAGCCACGCAUCAGACGCACCGGCUUGGAGCUGUAUGCUGAGUGGAAGCACGUCAACGAGGAUUCGCAAGAAAAGAAAAUCCUGCUCAACCCCGAGCGCGUGCACGAGAUCUUUAAGCGCAUCUCGGAUGAAGAGGACGUCAUCUUGGGCAUGGACCCCAAGUUUGCCCGACCAGAAUGGAUGAUUGUAACUGUGUUGCCCGUGCCUCCCCUGGCUGUCAGGCCUGCUGUAGUUAUGCAGGGCUCGGCUCGAAACCAGGAUGACUUGACCCACAAGCUGGCCGACAUCGUCAAAAUCAACAACCAGCUGAGAAGAAACGAGCAGAGUGGCGCUGCAGCGCACGUCAUAGCUGAAGAUGUCAAACUGCUCCAGUUUCAUGUUGCCACCAUGAUUGACAACGAAUUGCCAGGCCUACCAAGGGCAAUGCAAAAGUCUGGCCGCCCUCUCAAAUCCUUAAAACAGCGUCUAAAGGGGAAGGAGGGCCGAGUCCGAGGUAACCUGAUGGGCAAGCGUGUGGACUUCUCUGCACGAACCGUCAUCACCCCAGACCCGAUGUUGCAAAUCGACCAAGUGGGCGUACCGCGAUCCAUAGCGGCCAAUAUGACCUUUCCAGAAAUAGUCACACCCUUUAACAUCGACAGACUACAAGAGCUGGUGCGAAGAGGCAACAGCCAGUACCCGGGAGCCAAGUACAUCAUCCGUGACAAUGGAGACAGAAUUGACCUGCGAUUCCACCCGAAACCAAGUGACCUCCACCUGCAAAUUGGCUACAAGGUGGAAAGACACAUGUGUGACGGCGACGUCGUCAUCUUCAACAGACAACCUACACUACAUAAAAUGUCCAUGAUGGGGCACAGGGUGCGGAUCCUGCCGUGGUCCACGUUUCGACUCAACCUCAGUGUCACCACUCCCUACAAUGCUGACUUUGACGGGGAUGAGAUGAACCUCCACCUGCCUCAGUCCCUCGAGACGAAGGCGGAGAUUCAGGAGCUGGCUAUGGUGCCGCGUAUGAUCGUCACCCCCCAGUCCAACAGGCCCGUCAUGGGUAUCGUGCAGGACACCCUCACGGCCGUCCGCAAGUUCACCAAAAGAGAUGUCUUCUUAGAUCGGGGGGAAGUGAUGAACCUCCUCAUGUUCCUCUCCACUUGGGACGGGAAAGUGCCUCAGCCGGCCAUCAUCAAGCCCCGUCCGAUGUGGACGGGCAAGCAGAUCUUCAGCCUAAUCAUUCCCGGACACAUUAACGUGAUCCGCACACACAGCACCCAUCCGGACGAGGAAGACAGUGGCCCUUACAAGCACAUCUCACCUGGAGACACCAAGGUCGUGGUGGAGAACGGCGAGUUGAUCAUGGGAAUCCUGUGUAAGAAAUCUCUGGGAACCUCAGCCGGCUCCCUCGUCCACAUCUCCUACCUGGAGAUGGGCCACGACAUCACCAGACUCUUCUACUCCAACAUUCAGACUGUGGUCAACAACUGGCUGCUCAUCGAGGGUCAUUCCAUUGGUAUCGGUGACUCUAUUGCUGAUGCCAAGACCUACCUUGACAUCCAGAACACCAUCAAGAAAGCCAAACAGGAUGUGAUAGAAGUCAUCGAGAAAGCCCACAACAACGAGCUGGAGCCGACCCCUGGUAACACGCUGAGGCAGACCUUUGAGAACCAGGUGAAUCGUAUCCUCAACGACGCUCGUGACAAAACGGGAUCCUCAGCCCAGAAGUCUCUGUCCGAGUACAACAACUUCAAGUCCAUGGUGGUGGCUGGUUCUAAGGGAUCAAAGAUUAACAUCUCGCAGGUUAUUGCCGUGGUGGGGCAGCAGAACGUGGAGGGUAAACGAAUCCCCUUUGGCUUCAAACACCGCACGCUGCCUCACUUCAUCAAGGAUGAUUACGGCCCUGAGAGCAGAGGCUUCGUGGAGAACUCCUACCUGGCUGGCCUGACUCCAACAGAGUUCUUCUUCCACGCCAUGGGAGGCCGAGAGGGUCUUAUCGAUACAGCUGUCAAGACUGCCGAGACUGGUUACAUCCAGCGGCGUCUGAUCAAGUCCAUGGAGUCGGUGAUGGUGAAGUACGACGGCACGGUGCGUAACUCCAUCAACCAGGUGGUUCAGUUGCGUUACGGCGAGGACGGCCUGGCGGGAGAGAACGUCGAGUUCCAAAACGUGGUGACGCUCAAACCCUCGCACAAGGCCUUCGAAAAGAAGUUUAGGUUUGAUUGCACCAAUGAGCGAGCGCUGCGGCGGAUACUGCAGGAAGACGUUGUGAAGGACGUGCUGACCAAUGCCCACGUGCAGGGAUCCCUGGAAAAGGAGUUUGACAAGAUGAAGGAGGACAGAGAGAUCCUCCGAGCCAUUUUCCCCACUGGGGACAGCAAGGUGGUGCUGCCAUGCAACCUGGCCAGAAUGAUCUGGAACGCUCAGAAGAUCUUCCGCAUCAACAUUCGAACCCCAACAGACCUCAAUCCUCUCAGGGUGGUCGAGGGUCUGCAGGAUCUGCGUAAGAAGCUGGUGAUUGUGAAUGGCGAGGACCCGCUGAGUCAACAGGCCCAGGAGAACGCCACUCUGCUCAUCAACAUCCACCUGCGCGCCACGCUCUGCUCCAAGCGCAUGACCGAGGAGUUCCGCCUGUCCACGGAGGCUUACGACUGGCUUCUGGGAGAGAUCGAGACCAAGUUCAACCAGUCCAUCGCUCACCCGGGUGAAAUGGUCGGCGCCCUGGCCGCUCAGUCUCUGGGCGAGCCGGCCACCCAGAUGACCCUGAACACCUUCCACUACGCCGGUGUGUCGGCCAAGAACGUGACACUCGGUGUGCCUCGUCUGAAGGAGUUGAUCAACAUCUCCAAGAGGCCCAAAACGCCCUCGCUGACCGUGUUCCUGCUGGGUCAGGCGUCCCGCGACGCCGAGAGGGCCAAGGACAUCCUCUGUCGGCUGGAGCACACCACGCUGCGAAAGGUGACGGCCAACACCGCCAUCUACUACGACCCCAACCCCCAAAACACGGUGGUGGCCGAGGACCAGGAGUGGGUGAACGUCUACUACGAGAUGCCCGACUUCGACGUGACGCGCAUCUCACCGUGGCUGCUGCGCAUCGAGCUCGACCGCAAGCACAUGACGGAUCGCAAGCUGACGAUGGAGCAGAUUGCAGAGAAGAUCAACGCAGGUUUCGGAGAUGACCUGAACUGUAUCUUCAAUGACGACAACGCCGAGAAGCUCGUCCUGCGAAUCCGAAUCAUGAACAGCGAUGAGAAUAAGUUCCAAGAGGAUGAGGAGGUGGUGGACAAGAUGGAUGAUGACGUGUUCUUGAGGUGCAUCGAAUCCAACAUGCUGACGGACAUGACCCUCCAGGGCAUUGAGCAGAUCUGCAAGGUGUACAUGCACUUGCCCCAGACUGACAAUAAGAAGAAGAUCAUCAUCACAGAGGAAGGCGAGUUCAAGGCCCUGCAGGAGUGGAUCCUGGAGACAGACGGCGUGAGCCUCAUGAGGGUCCUCAGCGAGAAGGACGUCGAUCCCGUCCGGACCACCUCCAACGACAUCGUGGAGAUCUUCACGGUCUUGGGAAUUGAAGCGGUGCGAAAGGCUCUGGAGAGGGAGUUGAACCACGUCAUCUCCUUUGACGGCUCCUACGUCAACUACCGUCACUUGGCUCUGCUGUGUGACACCAUGACCUGCCGCGGUCACCUGAUGGCCAUCACGCGUCACGGCAUCAACCGUCAAGACACGGGGCCGCUCAUGAAGUGUUCCUUUGAGGAGACGGUGGAUGUGUUGAUGGAGGCGUCUUCCCAUGCCGAGAGCGACCCCAUGAAGGGCGUGUCGGAGAACAUCAUGCUCGGCCAGCUCGUCCCGGCGGGUACGGGAUGCUUCGACCUGCUGUUGGACGCGGAGAAGUGUAAAUACGGCAUGGAGAUCCCGACCAACAUCCCCGGCAUCAGCGUGGCCGGACCCAGCGGAAUGUUCUUUGGCACGGUGGCGAGUCCCAUGAGCGGCAUGUCGCCCGCCAUGACCCCGUGGAACACCGGAGCGACGCCGGCCUACGGCGCCUGGUCUCCGAGUAUCGGAAGCGGCAUGACCCCCGGAGCAGCCGGCUUCUCUCCCAGCGCGGCGUCGGACGCUAGUGGCUUCUCUCCGGGCUAUUCCCCGGCCUGGUCUCCCACUCCGGGGUCUCCGGGGUCCCCGGGACCUGCCAGCCCGUACAUCCCGUCUCCAGGUGGAGCCAUGUCACCUAACUACUCCCCCACCUCCCCGGCCUACGAGCCGCGCUCCCCCGGAGGCUACACCCCGCAGAGCCCCGGCUACUCCCCCACUUCUCCCUCUUACUCCCCGACCAGCCCCAACUACAGCCCGACGUCUCCCUCCUACUCGCCCACCUCGCCCAGUUACUCCCCGACGUCUCCGUCCUACUCGCCCACGUCGCCGUCCUACUCCCCGACGUCCCCGUCCUACUCGCCCACCUCCCCCUCCUACUCGCCCACCUCCCCCUCCUACUCUCCCACCUCGCCGAGCUACAGCCCGACGUCGCCGAGCUACAGCCCGACGUCGCCCAGCUACUCUCCCACCUCGCCUUCCUACUCCCCCACCUCCCCCUCUUAUUCUCCAACCUCCCCGUCCUACUCCCCCACCUCCCCGUCCUACUCCCCCACCUCUCCCUCCUACUCGCCGACUAGCCCGAGCUACAGCCCGACGUCGCCCAACUACACGCCCACCUCGCCCAGCUACUCCCCCACUUCUCCUUCCUACUCGCCUACAUCGCCCUCUUAUUCUCCAACCUCCCCCAACUACACCCCGACCAGCCCCAACUACUCCCCCACCUCUCCGUCUUACUCCCCCACCUCUCCGUCCUACUCCCCCUCCAGUCCGCGUUUCACCCCGCAGUCGCCCACCUACACGCCCAGCUCCCCCUCAUACAGCCCCAGCUCUCCCUCCUACUCCCCCACCUCCCCCAAAUACACCCCGACGUCCCCCUCGUACAGCCCCAGUUCCCCGGAGUACACCCCCACCUCUCCCAAGUACUCCCCGACAUCGCCAAAGUACACCCCGACAUCGCCGAAGUACUCGCCCACUUCUCCCACUUACUCGCCGACGACUCCAAAAUACAGCCCCACCUCUCCCACCUACUCCCCCACCUCGCCCACAUACACCCCCACCAGCCCCAAAUACUCCCCCACCUCCCCUACUUACUCCGCGACUUCACCCAAGUACUCGCCCACGUCUCCUACGUACUCGCCCACUAGUCCUAAAGGCUCCACGUACAGCCCCACCUCCCCCGGAUACAGCCCCACCUCCCCCACCUACAGCCCGGCCAUCAGCCCGGACGACAGCGACGAGGAGAAUAACUGAUGAGCCGCGGAGGAGAAGGGGAGGCCGCUGAAGAAAGCAGCCGCCUCACGGUGGACACUUGAAGGACACUUGAAGGACGGCACCUUUUAACCAGCUGUGAGGGGGCGGUGCUUGUUGCCACAGGGGUCCUGAUUGGGAUUGUUUUUCUUGGGGGGAAUCUCUCCUUUGGGACCUCUGUUAUGCUCCUGUCUUUACCAUCAGACACCUCCCCCCCACACCCCCCCUUUCCCACAAGAAAUUGUUAAAACUAUUGUGUGAAAGACUUGACUGCUCUGCCUGAAGGGAAUUAAGGCUGCCUUUUGAAAUAGUUUUUUUUAAAUUUUCACACGAGGUGUUGGGGCUGAAAACCGGCAAAAUCCCAAGAGGGAGUGAAAAGGAGAGGAAGAUGUGGUGAACACAUGGCGGGGAGGAAAGGUCCCUUUUUAACUUAAUAGUGUGCUGCAUCCAGUCUCUCUCUUUCUGGGCGUGUGGUCGUGGAAAGCGUACAUAUUGCCAAACGCCUUUUGAAAAGAGGGUUGAAUUCAUCACUAAAGCUAAAGCUCCGAAAGAAAAUCCAGGAGGGUAAAGUUUAUUGCAUAUUUCAUACAGUCGGACCGUUGCUGCCACUUUGGGGAUCAAAGAUGGAGCGUUCGGUGUCGGGUACAUUAGAGGGGUCAGAUUGUCCAAAGGAGAACGUUGAAUGGUCGGCAGAAACACAUUCACGAUAGGAGAGAAACUGGCUUGCAGGAAACUGAAAUUUCACUGUUGAACACCAAUAACGACACAGGUGUACUUACCCAUCCCCCUCUCUUCGCCUUCACGCUCCAAAGACAAAACCCCUGAAAGAUGUCAUGAAACGCCCACCAGCAUCUUCUAGCCCGAUACCAUUUGUAGAUUUGUGCGUCAAAAGCAACAACAACAAAAAACACUUUUCCAGAUGAAAGUCAAAUUCCUUGACGCUGGGAAUCUAAAGAUUUCUAUGGAGAAAAAAAAUCAAUAAAUGAUUAUUCUGUCUUUAAUAUUGUUUCUAGGAGGAAAUGGGGCACGCGUGGCCGAGGGACACUAGUGCGGCGUCGCUGCUUCUGUCAUCGUUUGCAUGAGUAGCACAUUGUUAAUACAUUUUAUUCAAGCUUUAGGUUUAAAUUUCUUUUGGACUCCCUCCCACUUUCUCGCUAAUCUCGGUCCCAUUUCUGAUAGCUGACGUGUACGCAGGUUUAUUUGGACUGUUCAAUUUAUUUAAGAAAGAAAGUUGAAUGCUAUUCUGUGAACAUGGAUAGAGGAAAACUACGAUUUUUUAUUUUUGUUCUGCUUUUCUCUCGUUUUGCUCCUUUCGGUGACUGUGACUCUGUCUGCAGCCUCAUGUUUGUGGACUGUGGAUGAAGAGGAGGCGGGCGGGGGGGCAGAGGGGAGUGCUUUAAAAAAAAUACCGUUGUCCCCGUUCUCCUCGACCGUCUGAGGCUUCUGCCAGCGGCUCUUUUUACUCACGCGUCGCACGCCGCCCCGGUCGGAGGUAGAGCUCGGGGGGUUUUCACUUCUCGGGACGCCAGAGGGCAACAUUUGUCCUCCCGCUGGCCUUUUUCUGUCCGACGGCGUUGAACAGUUCAUUUCUUUUGAGCAGAGAUCGUCCAAAAGGAACAGCACUCUUGGCCUCUGUUAAAAAAACAACACACAAAUCCUUACCCACUACAUUAGUGCAAACUUUGUUUUUUCGAAUAUGGGUGCUUUCCCACACGGCUCCACCUAGUUUGAUUGUGUUGGGGAACCGUCUGGACGCCAGAUGAUGAUGAUGACGAUGAUAAUGGCGGGCAAAAAAAAAAGCCCUUUUCCCUCCUCGCUCCAUUUGAUCAGUCGACGCGGUUUUUUCCGACUCGAUCGGGCUAGCUGGGUCUCCCUCUUCCCUCUUCAUCCACAAGUCAUCCGCAUUUCUGAAAUCAGUGUUUUCUUUUUUCUACCAGUGUAUGUACUCGUGACGAGGGGAAUCAUGGGAGGGGGGGGGGAACGACGUACUGGAUCUGACUGGGAGUCCCUGAGGCGAUGAAACGCAGUCGGUAAUCUUUUUUUGGGGGGGUUUUGUUCUGAAAAUGUUGAAAUGAUUUGUCACGACUUUGUGAAACAUUGCUUCCGAGACGGUCGUGAGUCGAGAGGACGACCUCUUCUAGCCUCGUGAGAUGAAGCGGGGUUUGGUGAACGCACUUCUAGACAUCGUGGUGGACCGAAGACCCCUUGAGUCCACCACGCGUGCAUCGAAUCCUGUCGUCUGUCCAGUUGAUUCAGGACAUCAGGGCUCCCAGGUUGUGUGAAUGUGUGUGUGUGAGAGUGUGUGUGUGUGAGAGUGUGUACGUACGUCUGAGGGCCAGACAGGGUUUCAAACUGAGGAAAGACUUCACACGUCUGGGCAAAGGAAGGUUUCACUUGAAAUUGCCACUGUAUAGAAAUCAAUUCAUUAUCUCACUCUGUAUCUUUGUUCUGUUUGUUUUUUGACUUGGAAAAAUAAAAGUUUUACUACG